GGGAGGGCUCGAGCCUGAAGCGGGGAGACUGGGAUUUAGGGACGCGAGACGGGUGUGAAGACAAAGGGCGGAGGGCGGGGAGGGGGGCGCAGGCGGAGGGGAGGAGGAGAGACCCUGGGGACAGAGGCCAGGCGAUUGGACAGAGAGACAGGCGGGAUGGGGAGGCAGACACAGGGACGACGCCUAUUUGGGGACAAGAGGGCGUGGAGACCGAGGCGGUCACGAGAACAGGUGUGAAGACAGCGCAGAUGCUUGGAGAGACCAACAGGCCAAGAAGGAUGAGGCGGGCCCAGCACAGGCGCCCCCGACCCGCCCUCCAGCAAAAAGGGGGAGAGGGAAGGGGGAACCUGCGUCUCACUUCCCAGGACCAGGUGGGGAGGGAGGAACCGGCUGUGGGCGCUCGGACCGCAGGCUGCCCCCUCCCCACAUCGCGGGACCUCAGGAUCCCAUUUGGGGUACUGGAGGUUCCCGGGCACCGGUGGGGCCGGGAGCGAACCUGCCCCACAGGGACUCCGCGUCUGUGCGUCAGCCCCGCCCGUUGUCCUGGCAACAGACCGUUGCCCGGGCAACCAGCUUUGCUCCCACCCCGCCGGAGAGGAGCCAGGCUGUUGCUCUGGGCAACGCGGUCCGCUGGUUCCCACGACUGCCUUCACCCGCUUCCGGUUCAGGCCCUGCUGAGGGGCGAGGAAGAGGCAGAAGUCAGCGGGAUGCCUGUGAAGGCGUGGAGGAAGCGGGUAUCCCUUUGGGAUGGAACUAGGUCCUGAACACCCCCUCUCAAGCGUGGGGAGGCUGAAACUACAACUCCCAGCAUGACUCGCGGUGGCUGGCCGGUUUCUGUGCGGCUGUUCGCGCAGGGGCCUCAUGGGAGUUGGAGUUCUUUGUUGUGCGUGGGCCUCAAGGGACGUUUGGGGUGGGAAUGGGGAACUAGGGUGCUUGAGAGCCUCUGCAGAAAAGACUCUAGGACUCCGUCACCAUGUUCCCGGAGCCCCCAACCCCGGGGCCUCCAUCGCCCGACACGCCUCCAGACUCCAGUCGCAUCAGCCACGGCCCAGGUGCAGCCAGAAGUGGAGGAACUGGAGCCAGCGCCAUCUGGGCCAGGGCAGCAGGUGGCAGACAAGCAUGACCUAGGACGGCUGCAGUACUCCUUGGAUUAUGACUUCCAGAGCGGCCAGCUGCUGGUGGGCAUUCUGCAAGCGGAGGGAUUGGCAGCCUUGGAUCUGGGUGGCUCCUCGGACCCCUACGUGCUGGUCUACCUGCUACCGGACAAGCGGAGGCGGUACGAGACCAAGGUGCAUCGGCAGACACUGAACCCUCACUUCGGGGAGACCUUUGCCUUCAAGGUCCCCUAUGUGGAGCUGGGGGGGAGGGUGCUAGUCAUGGCGGUGUACGACUUCGACCGCUUCUCUCGCAACGACGCCAUCGGGGAGGUGCGGGUCCCCAUGAGCUCCGUGGACCUGGGGCGGCCGGUGCAGGCCUGGAGGGAGCUGCAGGCGGCUCCGCGGGAGGAGGAGAAGCUUGGGGACAUCUGCUUUUCCCUCCGCUAUGUCCCUACGGCCGGGAAGCUCACCGUUAUCGUCCUGGAGGCGAAAAACCUGAAGAAGAUGGAUGUAGGAGGGCUGUCAGAUCCGUACGUCAAGGUCCACCUGCUGCAGGGCGGCAAAAAGGUGAGGAAGAAGAAAACCACCAUCAAGAAGAACACUCUGAACCCCUAUUACAACGAGGCUUUCAGCUUUGAGGUGCCCUGUGACCAAGUCCAGAAGGUGCAGGUGGAGCUGACCGUGCUGGACUACGACAAGCUGGGCAAGAACGAGGCCAUCGGGAGGGUGGCCGUGGGGGCGGCCGCCGGCGGGGCUGGCCUGCGGCACUGGGCGGACAUGCUGGCCAAUCCGCGGCGUCCCAUUGCUCAGUGGCACUCGCUGCGGCCCCCGGACAGAGUGAGGCUGCUGCCUGCGCCCUGACUCCUACCCCAAGCCCCUGGCCAAGCCUGGACUCUCGCCCCCGACCCCAGACUCCCGAGACAGGCCAAAGCCAAGCCAGCCCCACCCUGAAGCCUCCUCUGACCACUACCCUCCUCCCACCCCCAUCCCAACCAUCCGAUCCAUUCCUGCCUCUCACCCACAACGAUGCCAAUCACAACUUUCCAGCACACUCCCCUGACCCCCACCCACACACCCAGAUGCCCAGCGACCCCUGGGAAGGAAAGGCAGCCUGGUUUCCCCUGCCCCCGGGUCCUGCCCCUGCUUUGACAAUCAGCCAACCUAGUCUGCUCUCCCCUCUCUUCCAACACAGCCCGUCCCUGCACUGCUCCUGGGGCCAAAUAAAUACUCAGCAGCUCCGGUG